UAAAGCAAUUUGAAGAUAAAUGAAUUGUACAGUGUGCGUUCAGUAUGCGUGACGACUGCUCGGUACGUAUUGAUGGGCGAUCAGUAGAUUCGGGUAAUUUAACACUGAGGCUGCUAAAAUUGAGAUAUCAUGUCCGCCUUUGAUUAACGCCGCUAGUUACAUCUUAUUUCCGAAAAGGAAACGAAUGGUUAGAAGAAAACGAGGUGAGGUGUCUCCUUCAUGGGCUUGAUCUAGCCGGAGUAGACGCUUAUUUCACCCAAUACCGCGAUAAUAGCUGUACAUUGAAGCUGGACUGAAGAAAAACAUCUGCCCCUCCAUGAUAAAUCAUUAAUUUAACUGUCUUGAUUCGAUUUUCCGACGAAUUUCUGCAAAAGACGUCGUUAAUUAUUUAUACAAAACGGUUUGGAGAUAUAAGUGUUUAAUCUAAGUCGAGGAUGUACCAAUUAAGGUCGUAAUGAUUGCGGCGUUUUGAUUGGUUGUGAGGCGCAAAGCAGGUGACGUGAACAUGACGGCACGCGCGCUGUUACGGUAGCUUGGAUUCCGGUAUACCACGUGACCGAAGCAUAAGAUCGGCUAAGGUCUGAUAUACCGUGACCACAAACAGAGAACGGACCAAAGGAACCGUACCUCGCAACAUAAGCUCCUCACUGAGUCGGCGGAGAUUGCACUUAGAAAAGUUGAGGCUGUGGUCAGAGAAGCCAUGCCACACACUGGUCAAACUGGGGUCAAUCAGCUUGGAGGGGUCUUUGUCAAUGGACGACCACUUCCGGAGCAUGUCAGGCGCCGAAUCGUGGAGCUUGCUCACAUGGGAGUUAGACCAUGUGACAUUUCCCGCCAACUUUUAGUAUCACACGGUUGUGUCAGCAAGAUCCUUACGAGAUAUUACGAGACAGGAUCCAUUAAACCAGGCUCUAUUGGCGGAAGUAAACCAAAGCAAGUUGCGACGCCUUACAUAAUCAAACGGAUACUGGACUUCAAACGACAACAUCCGGGCAGCUUUGCUUGGGAAAUCCGAGAUCAACUGCUGACUCUCGGAAUCUGUGACGAGCAGACUAUCCCGAGUGUCAGUUCUAUAAAUAGAAUCCUCAGGAAUUCUGGUACCUUUUCCUUCGGAUACAAUACAGAGGAGCUCAUGGGAUAUCAAUCUAUCUAUGGUCGCUAUCAAGGAAUUCCGGGCAUGUUGGGGUCAGCCUGUACGGAAACAAAUGGCUUCUCAUUGGGUGUUCCGGGCUUGUCGUACCCGAAACUCGUGGAACAGAUUAAUGAGACCAAAAACGCUCCGAAAGAGCCUAUUGAUGACGGAGAAGACAUAGAACAAAACGAAUCAUCAAAACAGAACGUAAAGCCAAAAGACAACAAUAACGACGACGAAUUCAGAAUUGAAGAAAGAUUUCCUAGUUUGGCUGGAAAGAUCAGAACUACAAAUAUGUUAAAGACCACAGAAAAUACACAGUGUUCGUCCAAAACAUCCACUAAAAAUAAUGCUCCCAAACCAGACAAUAUUGACAAAAACAGCUCAGGAGAAAUGUCGGUCGAAAGCGUAAAGUCUAGUGAGAACUUGCUUGAAAAUAGAAGCUCCUAUGAUACGUACUUCUCCAAAUGUUUAACAUCUAUGAGCACAAAAGCCACGAGAGAGAUGUCAUCUAGUGGAUUUUACUCGCUCUAUCACCCAUACUCUAGGUAUAGCGCGUCAUCACGUGGUUCUGACAUCACACCUUACGUCAUUCCUAGAUUGUAUAUGUUUCCAGAGAGCUUCUCAUCGCCAUCACAUUCCUUAUUGUCUCAUACAGACACGGGAACGGGAACGUCGUCUCACGGCAGAGCGUUUGAUCAACAUGUGUUUAAACGCAGCUCUCUAAAUCUAAAAUGAAAGUGUCUUGAUUUAUCUGUGCAUUGUAAAUUAUUUCUGUGAUGAAAGGUUUUAACAGGUUAUCAAAGUAGUAUACUUUUGUGUCU